AGUCCCCAAAAUCAACCAAGUCAACCCCCACCCCUCCCCCCUACCAUUCCCACCUAGAUUGGAGUGUUGUAUCAUCGAGCAAGGAAAGAGAGAUGGAGGCUGCCAUAGUGGGCGCCUUGCUGAAGGCCACCCUGCCGAACCUGUUUAAGCUGAUAGGUGACACAUGCAAGCAGCUGGAGCCUGAUGUUCGAUUCAUUCAAAGUGAGCUCGAGUUUAUGCAAGCUGCCUUCGGAGAUUCUCGCUGGAGAGGCAACGAAAUCAGCGAUUUGCGGAGAACCUGGAUCUUGCAACUCAGAAGGUUGGCGCAUGAGAUCCAAGACUGCAUCGACAACUUCCAGAUCAAGAAGACCUCUCCCACACAGUUUGCCCACGAGAUCGCUGACCUCAAGAAGAGAAUACAAGAUUCAUCCGAGACGCUACACCGUUAUACCGGCCAGGGGGAGCCGAGGAACGGAAAAGUUGCUCCAAAUCCGACGGCGAAUGAUGCAGAGGAAGAUCUUCUUGCCCUCGUACAGAACCAAUCGGAGAUGAACGCCAAGGUCAUCUGCGCUAUUGGCUUCGGUGGCCAGAACACUGAUCUUGCGAGGCGGGUCUAUGAGAAGAAUGAAGUCCGUCGGCAAUUUGGUCAACGGGCGUGGGUCAGUGCGGUGGGCAGAACCGUGGAUGAUGUUCUGACGGAGAUACUCAGGCAACUUGAGCGGCGCCCUGGGCUGGGCAUGCUCAUCCUCAGCUGGCUCCUUUCCAUCUUGUGUUUUCUCCAAGGACUGCUUCUCAAGGUUUUCGGCACUGAGAUGCCUGUCGCAUCCCGGUCCGGCGCCAGCUCCGGCAUCGAUCAUCAGCUCAGAUCACUGCUAAGCAAAGAAAGGUAUUUGAUUGUAAUUCAUGAUGUCACGAAAGAAGAGGUGUACAAUAAAAUAUGUGCCUUCCCUUGGGCCAACAGAGUGGGCGGCAGAAUCAUCGUGACGACGGACAUCCAGUCAGCAGUGAGACCCUGCAUCUGUGAUAACGAUCCACCACUGCUUGUUCCAGAUAGCAUCACAUCUUGCCUGGUUUUGGUUGGAGAGGUGGGCACUGGGAUGUCUUACAAAGAGACCUGCUCUGCACUUUGUGACGCAGCUGUAGCAAGAAUGCAAUGUUUUGUUGGCAGUGACUAUGAGAGGAUUGUUGUCGAGGACAUGUUGCUAUAUUUCAGCAUGUUCCCACUUCAUCAUCAUGUUCGGAGGAAUCCUCUAAUAAGGCGAUGGCUGGCUGAAGGACUACUUGUCCAUGCCAUACAGAAGGUGCCUGAGAAUGUGUACCGUUUUCCUCAGGAAGUGGCGGCCGAGCAUUUGGACAUUCUCAUCGGCCAGAAUAUUGUCAAGUCCAUUAAGAAGAGCAACAAUGGAAAGGUGACGAGAUGCCAACCUCCAGGUAUGGUGUUCAACCACAUUUGCGCCAGGGCCGUGAUCGAUAAUUUUAACACCUUGCUGUGUGGCCCAAGUCAGAAUGAGACCUUUCAAGAAGCAUAUGUUCGCCGGUUUUCUCUCCAUCCUUACAUGGCUGCUGCCAACGGCGGACUCAAUGUGCCAGAUGUACAUUGUCUCCAUACUAUGGUGGUCUUUCCAACUGCGGGUGCCCAAUAUGGAGCUAUCUUGAAUUUUGAUAAUCAUAAGCUACUGCGGGUGUUGGAUCUUAAAGAGUGCGCUGAUGUGACUGCCAAUCACGUCUUAAAAAUAUGCGAUCUGUUGCUGCUGAAAUAUCUGAGCCUCGGGAGCAGUAUUAAAGAAGUUCCGAGUGAAAUAAGGCGGCUGCAGCAGUUAGAGACACUCGAUAUGAGUACAAGUGCGGUAGUGACGGUGUCCUCAAAUCUACUCAAGUUGCCCAGAUUGAAACACCUCCUUGGCAAGUUUCGGCUAUCUAGAGUGGACUGCCCAGAUGAAAAUCCAAGCAUGAUGAAGAAGGGCGCAAAGAAGGUAAAGAAGGUGUUGAAGCUCAAGGAUGAAUUGUCAAAGCUAAAGGACUUCUUGAGGGACAACAGUGUCCUGGAGACUCUAGCAGGAAUCGUCAUCGGCAACGGCAUGGGAUUUCCACAACUGUUGAGUGAUAUGGGGAAGCUGCGGAAGGUGAAGAUGUGGUGUGAUUCCAUGACAAAUGAGUCUACAGACUUGACUGGUCUUAAGGAAGGCAUCAAGGUAUUCACCAGUCACCGAAUCCGUACACCCAACGUUGAUUACUCACUCUCUGUUGACUUCAGCGGGUCUUCGCAAUCCUUCCUGGAUUGCCUGGAAGAUCCUGGCAUGCUUACAUCACUCAAACUGCGCGGCAAUCUGACGCGCUUCCGUCCAGUUGCUGCAAGGCUGGUUAGUCUACAGGAGCUGUGCCUCUCGUGGACUAAUCUUAGUGGAGCUGCAAUCCAAAUCGGCCUCAGUAAUUUGAGAUGCCAACUGAAAUUUCUGAAGCUGGUUGAGAACAAUCUUGUGGGGCUUGCCAUACAAGACAAGGAUGCAUUCGUAAGCCUGGAACGGAUAUGUCUCGUGGGCAUGCAAAGUCUUGAGGAAAUAAUUAUUCAAGAUCUGAGGAAGCUUGUUUCACUCCACUUGCUCUGUCCUGCUCUAGGUGCUCUUCCCGGCAUCCAGAUCCGAAAGCUCCAAAACCUCAAUGAAGUCGGACUCCACUCUCAAGUUGACGGUGACAUCAAACGUGGAUGGGAAGAUGCUGCGGUAGGCCAUAACCGCAAGCUCAGUAUUGUGUCCAUUGGAAUACAGUAAUGCCAGUUAUGUCCAAAUCCUCUGCUAAGCAUCAUCAUGUACGUGCAAAGCAUUACGACGAGCCAAUCACUAGAGGAACCACUUUCUGUUCUUCAAUAUCUUCGCUGCAUUAGUAUUUUGCCUCCUUCCAUGCGAACAGCCCAACAGAUUUGACAAUGAAUUUCAUCCCUUAGUAUUUCUUAUUACCGAAGACAAGCCAAAUGGCAAGCACAAAACAAGGAAUUUUCCUUACUAGACCGACUCAAGAUUACCGGAUUUACUCUGAGACUCGCCUCUUCAUAGUUGGUCCCCAAUUCAGGAAGAUGGAAAUUACCAUUUGGGUUAGUCCAACCAAGAAAGAAAUGGGAUUCUUUCAAAUGAUAUUGAGUCGUUUCACUUGUAAGCCAAUCGCUGUUGUAGAAGUUAAAUGUAUUCCUUCGCACUAUGCUUGGUAUUUCCCCCCUCUAUAUUUGUACCACUUGCUAGCGUUGCUAUUGUUGUACCUUAAGAUUUAGUUCUUCAUUACGUGUUGUUUUAAAUAACCCUGCUACCAUUAUUACGAUUGAUCAUUUUUACGGUAAGGCUUUAGAUGAUA